AUGAGUAAGGCAAAACGACGACCACCAUCUGAUGAUAUAUGCGACCAAGUCGUAGGCCGUUACGGCAAAUCCAUCGCACCUCAACACGUCGAACUCUGCAGAAUCGUUAGGCGUACCCGCAAUUCCCUAAGAUCUAAAUAUCGGCCCCUGACUCCCCACUCUUACUUCGAAACUAUCAUUCACGACCUAUCUAGAAACCAUGACGCCGAUGCAUAUUCAGUGUCUACGAUGGGUUUGUUUUUGGAGUUUGUGUUACCUCUGGUUCCUAAGGAGUUUAUAACCAAGUCCGAGGCGGCUAAGGCCAUGGAGAUUGUUGUUAAGGCUUUGCAGGCUACGAGGGCUAGCGCUUUGGUCGAGUGUUUGGCUUGUUUUCUGGAGUUGUGUGACUUGGACAAUCGGGAAUCUAUAAAAUUAGGCGUCGGGGCGCUUAUCUACUAUUCAAGACAUACACGGCUGGAGGUUAGAAAUUCUGCUCAGAUUUGUGCUAUGAAGGUCGUCCGUUGUUUUGAAUCCGAAAAGGUCAAAGAAUGUGCAAGUGAAUUGGUACUACAAAUGUUCACUUCCCAUGUGUCUUUACCCAUAGACAAAUCAAGAGCCAAGUCCAAGUCCUCAAUGGUGAUGAGGCGUACUUUAGAUUUCACCGAGACUCUACUUGAAUACUUUGAAUAUGAAUCCGAGGUUACACCAAUGGAUACUGUAAUAAUAACAAAAAAGUGGAUUAGCGAUUAUUACUUUCUCAUUUGUCGUAUAGCAGGUCUUUUGACAUCUGAUCAUGCUACUGCUACAAGGGCUUCAAGUAUUCUAAAAGAAAAGUUGAGACGUGUAGAUAUCUUUGAUGAUGUACGUUUUCAUGAAGAUGAAAGCAUUGUUGCACCUGAGGAAACAAAAAUGGUGGAAAACUUAUGCGAUGCACUUUUAGAAAUUCUCAGUACCCAUACAAACGAGCAUUCUUUACCUGUCAUCGCUGGUUUAUUUCAAAAUAUUGGGAACAAGUCCAUUGUCUACAUGCACAAGAUACUUGUAAAGGUUGCUGAAUUCAUGACAAAAGCAUCUGGUGAUGUAAAAAAGCAUGUUGAAGACUGUAUCGGGUGUGCGAUACUUGUUAUGACGGCUGAAAAAGUACAUGAAUUCAUACCUAUUUCUGUUGAUCCCGAUGAACUUACUUGCUCAAAUACGUGGUUGAUACCUAUUUAUAGGGAUCAUGUUGUUCAGUCAUCCUUAGGGUUCUUUAUUAGAACAAUAGUCCCUCUCUCCGAAUCUUUCAUGGAAGCAUGCGGAAAAGUUGAAGAAAACUCGGAAAUCAGAAAACAGUUUAAGUCUCAUGCACGUGGUUGUUUGGGAUAA